UAUUCUUCCAUUGAUAUGUUCAGGCUGGCCGAAGAUUUCUUCGUCUCACUUAAUAUGAGUGCAUUGCCACUAGACUUUUGGCAAGGGUCAAUUUUUGAAGAACCUUUGGAUAGAGUUGUACUUUGUCAACCAUCUGCAUGGGACUUUUGCAACAGAAGAGAUUUUAGGAUCAAGAUGUGUACCAAUGUUAACAUGAAGGAUUUAAUAACAGCUCAUCAUGAAACAGCUCACAUUCAUUAUUUCAUGCAGUACAAGAAUCAACCAAAAGUGUUCAGAGAUGGAGCGAAUCCUGCUUUCCAUGAGGCAAUAGGAGAAGCAAUUGGAUUAUCAGUAAGCACUCCCAGACAUUUGCAAGCCCUAGGACUAGUGCAGCCUUCUGUGGAUGAUACCGCAGUUGAUAUAAACUACCUUUAUUCUAUGGCACUAGAAAAGGUUGCCUUUUUACCCUUCGCUUACGUAAUGGAUAAAUGGAGAUAUGACGUCUUCAAAGGUGAAAUUGGUAAAGAUCAAUAUAAUUGCCAUUGGUGGAGACUGAGUGAACAGUAUCAGGGAAUUAAACCUCCUGUAUUAAGAUCCGAAAUAGAUUUCGACCCAGGAGCGAAAUAUCACAUUCCAGCAAACAUUCCUUAUUUAAGGUAAGCAAUACUUUUUUUAUGUUAUUUAAAAGGA